UCAGCGUACUCUUUGGACGGACUCGUAGUUGUAGCGCUUCUUGUCAUCUGCUCCUGUGCUUACCUGAAAAGGGUCCCACGAAUUCAUACUUGGCUUCUUUCAGAGAAGAAAGGAUUCCUUGGAAUAUUCUAUAAGACGACACUGCCAAAAGGUGUCAAGCAGAAGGUCAAGAAAGCAAAACCAAAUGGUCCUAAACGCGGCCACAAUCUCUACAUAGCACCUAAAAAACAAAAUCUUAUGCAGCAGGACAAAGUGGCUGCAGAAGUGACGAAGAUAAUCAAUGAGAAAAAUGAAGAAAUGGUUAAAGGUCGUGCCGAUACUGCUGUUGGCCGCAAUAAAACGGAGUGA